UUGAGGUUGGGGAGGAAAAGGGAAAUCCUGUCCCUGUAGGCGUGUAGGAAAAAACAGCCCCUCCAUCUGUGUGUCAGCAGGGCUCAGAGUCCCUGAAUGCAGCAAUAUGUGAGAGCUUGCUGAGCCGGUUUGCAUUUCCAGGCCCCCAUCCCCACCCUGGAUGCACUUCACACUCUGGUUUAUGAUCUCAAUUUGUUUUUUUGUUGUUUUUUUUUUUCCUUCUGCAUAAUCUUUAUCUGCGAGCUUGGACUGGGUGUUGCACCUCUGACCUUGCCAUAGUUGGUUGUUUUCCUGUAACCAGCACUUAAAUUUUGCCAGGGUUUGUUUUGAACUGAGUGCCAAUGGGUCUCUGUGAAUUUCAAGCUGGUGCAAAGCAGAAAACCCACCAGCUCGGCCCUGUCUGAGCUCUGGCCUCAGAACAUGUACUGGCAUGCUGAACAAAAGGCGAGCAGCCGCAGGGAUCCAGCCCUGACUUAGGCAGGUGGCCCCACUUCCUUCCCUGCAGAAAGCAGGGCUGACGUCAGAGCGAGCAGCGGGCAGCAGAGCAGCAGAUGAGUGUUUUGCAGAGCCCUCAGCACAGGUCCCGCUGAGUCCCACAGCAUCUCUGCAAUGGAAGGGAAUGAGGGGGACCCACCCGGGGCCCACGGACGCCAGGGCAGCAAUGGGCGCAGGCCGUCACGAGAGACCAAUUCAGAGGACCAGGUGGCCCAGCAGACCGAGGAGGUGUUCCGGAGCUACACCUUCUACCGCUACCAGCAGGAGAGAGAGGAGGGAGGGGAGGAGGUGCCCAUGGACCCGGAGAUCAUGGAGAUCCAGCAGGAGCUGGGCAGCACCGGGAGCCAGGUGGGCAGGCGCCUGGCCAUCAUCGGGGAUGACAUCAACAAGCGGUACGACGCGGAGUUCCGCCACAUGCUGAAGUCAUUGCAGCCCACCAAGGAGAAUGCCUACGAGUACUUCACCACCAUAGCCUCCAGCUUGUUUGAGAGCGGCAUAAACUGGGGCCGGGUGAUCGCACUGCUGGGCUUCGGUUACUGCAUGGCCAUCCACGUCUACCAGCACGGCAUCACGGGGUUCCUGCGCCGCAUCGCCCGCUACGUCACCGACUUCAUGCUGCGCAACCGCAUUGCGCGGUGGAUCGCCCAGCAGGGAGGAUGGGUGGCUGCACUCGAUCUGGACAAUGUUUACAUGAAGUACAUGCUGGCGGUGCUGGCCCUGGUGAUGGUGGGGCAUUUAGUGGUACGACGCUUCUUCAGGCCCUGACCGCCGUGGGGUGGAGGCGGGGGUCCCGCCGAGCUCUCUCUCAAACCUCUGCUCCGCGGUGACAUCUCACAGGAGAGGGGCAUUCAAGGGACCUCUGAGAGAGAGAGCAGCGUGGACCCUUGAGCCUCCCACUGCAGGACACGGGGCCGUGCCGCCCAGGAGACACCACUGGGAGCUGCAGAGAGGGGCAGCGGGGAGGAGAGGGAUCGGCUCUGCUGUCUGCUUGGUGCCUUGCUGGGCUGCUGAGGGCAGAGCGGCGCUGAGACCUCGUGGCACACAGCAGUGAGGCAGCAGAUCAGGCUGCUCUGCAGGAACCGACGCGUUGCCGUGAGAGCACCUGUCUGUGUGUGCUGUGUCUGCUCUGUGCUGUUCUUAAGGCGCUCCUGGGGUGGGCGCAAAGCUCCCCGUGGCUGAUGGCUCCAUCCCACACUGUGCCUGUAUUUGAGGAGGGAUUCCAACCUCGGUUGUGUUGUCUGCAAAUCACUGGAGGGGCGAGCCAGCAUUAGAAAGUGUGGGGUUUGCUUUCGUCUUUCCUCUGCUCCUGAGCCCAAGUACUUGAGCCUUCUCUUUCUUUAUAACAAGCAUCCCUUACCUUCUUUAAGAACCACACUGGCUACCUGAUGGUGGGAACAUGCAUGACACCAGCAGGCUGCCCAUGCUCAACCCACACUGUAGCUCCCCAGGGCAGGCACAGGUCCUGGGGUGCAGCUGUGCCUCAUUGCCUGCUCCCCAGCCCCACUGUGACGCCCAGAGCUGUGUGCCAGCAGGCCUGGGGAGCAUCAGUGGUUUUCCAAACACUAAAAAGCUGUGGGGCAGCGUGCAGUGGGUGCAAGCAGCCUGCCCUCCUCCCAUUCUGCUGGCUAUUUCUAUCCAGCACAUUUGCAUGCUGCCCACUGGGACCAGUGGGUGUCCCUCGCUGCCAGUAGGAGGCACUGGGGUUGCACCACCGUGUCCCUGCUCCCACUGUAGGAGCUGGGCUGGAGGUGCAGGGAUCCCAGGGCACAUCUGAGCUGGGAGCAGCACACAGCCUUGUGCAUGCAUGGCUUCUUUGGUGAGUGGCCCGACCUUGUUCUGUUCAUGGCUGAUGCUUGAAGAUGAGCUUUGGGGGGGAGGGCAGCUGGCUCCUCUCGCCCAUCUCAGAUCUUUCUGACUUCUGCAAAAUAGGGAGAGCAUCCCAGCACAUCCCAGCAUUAACUGCCUUGCUCAGCCCUGUUCCUUUUACUCCAGGCAACUCUUUAAGGUUUGAAACUGUGAUGGCCUUCUCUGAGCCAAACCCACCCUGUACCAGCAUCACACACUCCCAGGGCAGCUCAGCAGGAGCCCUACGAUGAGCAGUGGGGCUGUGCUGGGGCUCCUCCUGCUGCAGGGGGAUCCCUGUGGGGCUGCACCCUUACAGACAGCAGCAGCACACCCUGAGCAGCCUUCAUGGGAGCCAGGGGGAGAAUGGUGGGCCCAGGGCAGCCCUCCUGUCCCCCCAACAGGGGCAUUUCCUAAUGGAUGCCUGUCUGUUCUGUUUGUAAAACCUUUCAUAUCACCUCCCUGCACUGAUUCUUACCCUUGUCUUCAGAUUUGUCCUCAAUGUCUUGGGACUGCUCUGCCCCAGCACAGAGGACACCUGGCAGCCUUGCAGGACUGGCCAUAAUUUUAUACCACUGAUAUUCCUCAGGUUUCUGUGUUUUAAUGAAACUUUUCAGCCUCUUUCUGUAUCAGGGUCUUCCUGUGCUCAUCACUCCAACCCCAUGUCUGCAGUAUCCCUGCCCCUGGCGGAGUGCCCUGAACUGCACUCACUGGAAGGACAUUAAAAUAUUUGCUAUAUUCCUCUUUAUCUAUCGGUCUUGGUUGCUUUCCUUGUAAUCCUGAAGUGCUGAGUGUCUGCAGUGCACUGUGCCCAGGUUUUGCAGCCGUGCAGAUGCUCUGCAGUCAAUUUGUCCCCUUUGCAAGUGCACUUCUUUGCAUUUAACCAUGCAGCUUCAUCUGCCAUCCUGUCACUGCUUCACUGCCUCAAGCAGAACUUGAUAUUCCCUGACUGGUGGGAGCACAGACAGCCUGCAGGUCCCCGUCCCCACCUUCAUUUGUGGGUGAGAACACCGCCAGAUGGAGCUUCUCUGCCGCUGUGAACGACUAAUUGCUAUUUUCCUUUUCUCUCAAUCAGCCCCGUUAUCUGCAUGCCCCACUGCUCUCGCUGGCUGCUUUGCUUUGGUUCCAGCAGGACUUUUUGCAGAGGACCUCGGGAAGAAAGCAGUACAUGUCUGCUCAUUACGCUGUUCACUACUUUACCAACACACUCUGGGAACUCUAAGGGAGCACAUAAACAGCCCUAAGUUAUCUUCAUCUUCCUGAAGGGCUUCACCUUCUGAACCCAAUUCAGUGUAAGGCCAGGGGACGUUAAAUAAAGGAGACUUUUCAGCUCUGUGGUAGAUGAUCAAGCGUUGAUGCAGUCUGUGAUACCAGAACUGAGAAGGGAGUUUUUAACCUUGGUGCUGAACGAAGGGAAGUUUCCAUUCCUAGCCAUAUAUUCUUUUCUCAGGGGAUUAAAGGGAGGACUGCCUCACGAUGUCAGCA